CAUCUGCCCACCGUUUCUCGACCAGGCUUGUCUCAGACCUCCCUCGCGAUUACACCCUCGAAUCUUGUUCAAAAUGACCAUUCCUGCUGGUAACGCUGUCAACGGUGCUAAGCUCUUCAAGACUCGCUGCGCUCAGUGCCACGUUGUUGAGAAGGGUGCCCCCCACAAGGUCGGCCCCAACCUCAACGGUCUCUUUGGCAAGAAGUCUGGAAGCGCUGCUGGCUACGCUUACUCUUCGGCCAUGACCUCCAAGCAAGUUGUUUGGGACGAGGAGCAGAUGUUCACCUACCUCGAGAACCCCAAGAAGUUCGUUCCCGGCACCAAGAUGGUCUUUGCCGGUUUCAAGAAGGAGCAGGAUCGUGCUGAUGUCAUUGCUUACCUCAAGGAUGCCACCCAAUAAACGCUUCUGUCUCCAAUGAUCCACACCAUCACAAUAAAUUAAUCAUGCCAAACGAA